AUGGCACAGGAAGUUAAUGGUCAGCGGGAGCAGACACUCCGCGAUGUUCAAGAAAAGUACCAACAGGAAAGGACCAGACGUCUCCGAGACGAUGGCAUGGCUCAAUUCACCGACCUCUUUGAGCUCGAUAAGUUCAAAAAGUUCCUCGCCGAUCCUUGGACUCCAGACACCCCCGUGAACGGCACCGCUCCCCCCACUCCACCAGCCGAUCAGCAUUGCGAGAUCUUGAUAGUUGGAGCAGGCCACAGUGGUCUUCUUUUCGCAGCCCGUCUGAUAGAUGCCGGCUUUAGUCCCGAGGACAUCCUCAUGGUAGACAAUGCUGGCGGAUUUGGCGGGACUUGGUACUGGAAUCGGUAUCCAGGCCUGAUGUGUGAUGUAGAAAGCUACAUCUACAUGCCGCUUAUCGAGGAAACUGGUUAUAUGCCGAAAACGAAAUAUUCGUCGGGAGAGGAACUGCGACUCAAUGCCGAGCGAAUAGCCACCAAGUGGAAACUGCAGGACAGAGCAAUGUUUCACUGUAGGGCGAACCGUCUUGCAUGGGACGAUGCUCGCAAGGAGUGGGUUUCAACCAUCUUUCAACAGAAUAAGGGGAGGGACGUGGGAACAGCUAUGACGGUGAAGUCCCGAUUUGUGAUGCUCACUAGUGGUAUAUCCGUUAUUCCUCAAAUCCCCGUCAUCAAGGGCCUAGAGACUUUCAAGAAUGACAUAUUCCACACGGCUCGCUGGGAUUAUAACAUCACAGGCGGUACUCCAACAGAUCCCAGCACGGCUAAACUGAAGGGGAAGCGGGUGGGAAUUAUCGGUACCGGAGCAACUGCUAUACAAGUAGUUCCUGAACUUGUCAAAUGGGCGGAUCAACUCUAUGUGUUCCAGCGAACACCUUCGGCAGUCGACCGGCGAGACAACAGGCCCACGGAUGAAAGUUGGUGGAACCGCGAGACUCUGAAGCCUGGUUGGCAACAUGCUCGACAACAAAACUUCAACGAGUUCAUGACGCAUGCAGACCCGAAACCAGACGUCAACCUCGUUUCUGACGGUUGGACUUCAAUGCCGUCGUACAGCGCCAUCAUCGGGAAUAAGAAGACUAGGCCCCCUGAGAAGCUAGAAGACUACAGGCAAAUGCUCCACGCUCUCGACCUCACUCGCCAGGGGCAAAUUCGUCGACGAGCAGGAGAUAUUGUCCAGGAUAAAAACACAGCGGAGAUGCUCAAGGCCUGGUAUCCCGGUUGGUGCAAACGACCGUGUUUCCACGAUGAGUAUCUUCAGGCUUUCAACAACGACAACAUCACACUUGUUGAUACCAACGCACGGGGUGUUGAGCUCGUCACGGAGACGGGUGUAGUUGUUGGAGGCCAAGAAUAUCCGCUCGACGUUCUCGUGCUGAGCACAGGCUAUCGCAGCGCGUUUCUCUACAGUCCUCCACGUCGAGUCGAUAUUGAUGUGUUUGGUCGAAAUAAUCGAUCCCUAGACAAGAAAUGGACAGCUGGGGUUACUACUCUCUUUGGCAUGAUGAGUCACGAUUUCCCGAAUAUGUUUUGGCCAGGUUUCGUUCACGCAGGGGGUACGCCCAACUUUACUUUCAGUAUCGACCUUGCUGCAAAGAAGGUUGCUGCUAUGAUGGCUCAGUCUCAGUUGCGACUAAGGUCAAAUAAAUCAUCCCCUUCCCCAUAUCGCUAUAAUUUUACAGUCGAGGCGACCUCGGACGCAGAAGAGGAGUGGUCCAACAAGAUCGCGGCCGGUGCAGGCAUGUUCCUGGCUGCCGCUGGUUGCACGCCAAGCUACAUUAAUGCCGAGGGAGAGCUUGACCGAGAGGUCUCGGUGGAAGUGCAGAAGCGGCGAGCUCGAGGAAGUAUGUGGAGCAAGGGGGUGGUUGACUUUGAGCAAGUGGUCGGAGAGUGGGAGAAGGGUGGGUUUGAAGGAGUUGUUAUGGAGGGCACAGAAUAG